GAAGAGAGAGAGAGAGAGAGAGAGCAGAGCAUUGAAAGUCUCCUGCUUUCGCAAAACAAGAUCAUAUCAGAGUAUCCAGAAACAAUAAAUAGCAAUUAAAUUUAGUUGGCUCUUUGAUUUAAGGAGCUGUUUCACACAUUUGUUUAUCGUUCUUUUGAUCUUGCUUUUAUAACCUACUUCUUCCCCAACUCUUUUUUCUUAUAUUUACCUACUUUCAUUUUCUCUCUCUCUCUUAAUCUCUCAUUUUCCAACUAAUCCUUUUAUAUAAAGGGUGUUUUCUUAUUCAUUAAAAACCCUACCUUUCCUGGAAAAUUUCUCGACUUUCUUCCAUUUUCCGUCAGAAAUGCCCCAUAAGCUUCCGGAGUUGUGUUAAAAGAGAAUUCCAACUUUUUUUGAGCGAUGGGUAAUAGCUUGAUUUGCAGGGCAAAGAAAGACACGAAAGAUAAUGGAUCGAGAAGCAAGAGAAUGGGAAGGUCUCAAAGAAAAAUGCUUGCAGAAGAAGAGUUCUUACAUAAGCAAGCUUUGUCCAUGGCUCUGCAUCAGCACCAACUGUCUCAGAGAUUUGAUGGAUCCAUGUCUAGGAGAAUUGGCUCUACCAGCUCCAGAAGGCACACUGAUCCAUUAGCCAAUAAUGAAAAAAAGGUACUGGAAUCUCUUGAAAAUAUCAAGUUCAAGAAGAUUGUUCUGCUACAUGGGGAAGGCUUUGGAGCUUGGUGUUGGUAUAAAACGAUUGCUCAUUUGGAGGAAGUAGGCCUUCAGCCUACUGCAUUGGAUCUCACGGGUUCUGGUAUUAAUCUCACGGAUACAAACACGGUCACUACAUUGGCAGAAUACUCGAAACCAUUGAUUAAGUAUCUAGAGAACCUUCCUGAAGAUGACAAGGUUAUUUUGGUGGGUCAUAGCAGCGGAGGCGCUUGCCUUUCUUAUGCUUUGGAGCAUUUCCCAGAAAAGAUCUCGAAAGCCAUUUACCUUUGUGCUACAAUGGUGUCUAACGGUCAGAGACCUUUCGACGUGUUUUCCGAAGAGCUUGGUUCUGCUGAACGAUUCAUGCAAGAGUCACAGUUUUUGAUUCAUGGAAAUGGCAAAGAUAAGCCUCCUACAGUGUUCAUGUUUGAGAAACAGCUGAUGAAAGGGUUAUAUUUCAAUCAAUCGCCUACGAAGGAUGUCGCUUUGGCCAUGGUGUCCAUGAGAUCCACCCCACUAGGACCUAUCAUGGAGAAACUGUCAUUGAGCCCCGAAAAAUACGGAACCGGGCGGCGCUUCUACAUUCAGACAUUGGACGACCGUGCUCUUUCGCCUGACGUGCAAGAAAAGCUAGUAAGAGAAAACCCACCCGAAGGAGUUUUUUAAGAUCAAAGGGAGUGAUCACUGCCCAUUCUUCUCGAAACCGCAGUCACUUCACAAAAUUUUAAUAGAAAUUGUUCAGAUUCCAUAGCUCAUUUUCAGAUAAAACAAA